AUGGAUGAUUCUUUACAUAAUUUAGUUGGAAAUGCAGUAGAUGAUCACAUUAAAGAGAGUGAUCAUCCUACCAAUCAUAAUACUGACAAGUCAGAUAUAGAAGAUAAUUUGAUUCAAGCUUCAGAGAAAAACAAUGGUGAAUCCGAAACAAAUAUUAAAAAUGAAACUGGAAAUGAUAAUAAAAACGGCAAAGAAACAGCAAAAGUAAUUGAUGUUUCUACGAAUCCGAAGAAAAAUGAGUCAGAAGACGCAUCAACAGAUUUAGAAAUGCAAGUUGUUGAAAUUCAUGCACCUAGACCACCAAUUAAUGAAGUUGGUCAAAAUCCAAUUUUAAAGAUAACUGAUGUAGCAUCAAUUCCAAAUUCUGCAAGUGUUUCUAAAACUCCAGGCAUAAAGGGAAACGUUGUUCCUUUAAUUUCUCUUGACAAUUUAAUGAAAAUUUAUUCAACAACUGAAAUGAAACAAAACAUGGUCAUACCACAAGAAAUAAUUAAACUAACAAGGGUAUCGGCUGUAAUUAAUCAUAAAAAACCAUUUAACAGCGAAUUAUUAAGAAUAUUUAAUUCAAUUGAAAAACCGAAUUUUCUUCCAAUUGAAAGGCCAAAAAAGCCAGGACGGAGAUCACAUAAGAAUAAUGAUCGUUAUGUUGUCUUUGAAUCCACAAGUUCCGAUGAAAAUGACGAAUCAGCAGAAAAUGAUUCAACUUUUUCUAUAAAUUACCGGCCAUCAUCAGAGACACCACAAGUUGGUCGACCACCAAAGCAAUCUAAAUAUAGAACAGCUGUUAAAAUGGUCCCUGUAAAACGAAUGACAAUUUUUGAUGUUACAAAUCGAAGAUACGCGCCAUGGAUAGAGAUUGUAAGCAGAAUACCAAGAAGACCAUUCCAUCAGAGAGCGAAUACAGGAAUCUAUAAAGAGGAAGUUCCUGACAUUGUCACAAAAACUUUUGAAGUUAUAAGAAAUACAAAAAGUGAUAAAAAACCAAAUAAAGCUUUGAAAGCUAUUGCGAAAGAUCCUGCCGCUGUUCUUGCUCUUGGUCCGCAGUAUCCGAUGAACCUUGUUGAAAAGCAAAUGCUGGAAAACAAAGAAAAAAUUAAAUUGCGAGAUAAAAACAUUUUCGCGUUUAAGCUGCUUCCGAUAACGAGAAAUGAAUCUACAAUACCUGCACACUCUGUAUUUCGCAAAAUCUAUAAAGAAGCGAGAGUUGAUACAAUGAAUAAUUUGUCAAAAGUGAACAGAUAUUUAAACAACCGCGAAAUACGCUCUAAAAUCACAAGAAUCACUCCUACAAGUGAUCUUCAACGUGCAGCUUCUUAUCUCUGGAAGGCUCCUAAACAAACACCUACAAAUAGCAAAUAUCAGUCAAGACAUCAUAUUAUUGUUGAAAGUACUCAGGCUUCUCAAGCAGCGGCCAUUCAAUCCUACGAAUCAUCAAUCAGCUCUUGCUGUACAAUUUCUAAUGAAUCAAUUAGUGCUCAGGCUGAAAUUGCUUCUCGUGUCCUUCAUUCUUCAUUUGAAGCGCCGUUUUGGGUUAACUUCGAAUACGAACGACAAAAAUUCCAGAAAUUGUAA